AUGGCCGACCCAACCACCCAAACUGAGGCAACCCAGCCCGAGGCGUCUGCCCCCGUCACAGAGACCGCCACCGACGCUGCUCCCGCCGUCGAGACCACUCAGGAUGAGCCUGCCAAGGCUGCCACGUCCGAGCAGGCUGCGGCGACUGAGAAGAACGGAGACACUGUUAUGGAAGAGGGUGACGCCAAGGAGGACAAGGACCGCAGCGCCCACAAGACCGGAGCGCAUGCCCAGCACCACGACAACAAGAGCAAAUUCGAUCCUUCCGUCUUGUCUGUCACCGAUGACCCCCAUAUGAUCCGUGUCCAGGUCGAGUUCUACUUUGGCGACAACAACCUGCCUCAGGACAAGUACAUGUGGAAUUUGUCGGGAGGUUUCGAAAACAACCCCGUCCCCCUCAAGACGAUCUGCUCAUUCGGUCGUAUGCGCCGUUUCCAACCCUACGAGGCCGUCGUCAAGGCUCUGCGCGACAGCCAGUUCUUGGUCAUCUCCGGUGAGGACGGCAAAGAGACAGUAGCACGCAAGGUCGCCUACAAGUCUUCCAGGCCUGGCGACAAGUUCCCGGUCUCCGUCUACGUCAAGGGCUUCGGAGACGAGCAGCCGUCCACUCAGUUCGACAUCGAGGCGUUCUUCGCCAAGUUCGGGCCAGUUAAUGCCAUCCGACUUCGCCGAGAUGAUGACCAUCUUUUCAAGGGCUCCGUCUUCGCAGAAUUCGAGUCGGAGGAGCACGCCAAGGCGUUCUUGGCCCUUGACCCCCCGCCCAAGUAUGAGGGGCGUGACCUGAAGAUCAUGUCUAAGCGAGACUAUGUCGACGAGAAGACCCAGCUGAUCAAGGAGGGGAAGCUCGAGCCCAGCAAGAGCAAGGGUCCUCGAACCUUCUGGGAGGGCCAGGACCUCAGCCGUGAUCGCAAGGGAGACCGCUUCAGGGGUGACAAAGAUGACUGGAAGGCCCGCAAGGAUUACGACCGCAAGAGCAACAACCGAGGCGGCCGAGGUGGACGUGGGCGGGGUCGUGGAGGUCGUGGUCGAGGCGGCCGCGAUUUCGACCGCAACAGGCGUGAUGGAGACCGCAGGGACAACGCCGACGGCGAGAAGUCUGGCGAGUCCAACGGCAAGCGCUCUCGCGAUGAGGAUGGCGCCGCCGCCCAGGAGCCCCCAGCCAAGAAGGUCGACACCAAGGCAGAGGCUUGA